GUUCACAACGAAAACGAAAAACCUACUCAUGAAAUCGAAACAGUUUGUGGCGGCAGUUAUCUGCCUGGCUGUGGCCCUAAUCCUCAGGGUUGCAGAGGCACAGGAGAAUGCAAUGCUGCAAAUACCCCCUUCAUUGGUAGAGUGUUACAAUACGUCCUUCUUCAUGAAUCGGGACAACCGCUUACCGGCUAACAUGGACACUCUCAUUUCUCUGAUCGAGAAGGUGGAAAACAGCUACGCCGGAACUUCAGGUGUGCAAGCCGACAUGCGAACCGUGGCGGUGUCCUUGCUGCAUCGUUUCCGCCAGGAUGGUAUCAAAAAGGCCUCUGGUUUUAAAGCCGUUAAUGGCGUUAUACCAUACAGUCCAACAGGCUUCCAGUUUCCCAAAUUCAAAAUUUUGCUUUCACGUUUAAUUCCGGGAAACGCCAACAGCUUCCCUAACAGUUCAUUAACAAGUGUGGAGCGGUGUUCCCUUCAUUUUAUGCUAUCAAGCACCUUUGACACGAGGCAGCGCGGCGAUGAGAACACAGUGUGCAAUCAGCUCUCUCAGUAUCGAGCCCAGCGACUGCCGCGAUCCCUGAAGAAGGAUUAUGGCAACAACUUUAUUGGCGAUGUUGAAUGGCUGGAGACUCGCCCCAAACGAGGACGUUCAUCCAACUCCGAAUCAAAGUACGGGCAAUUGGCAGAAAUGGACUACGAGACCGAUUGGGCCUACGCCGGCUCGGAAGGGCCAAGCCAAUGCCCAGUUGAGGAUGGCCUUGUUCGAACUCGCUGGGGAACGGUUUCAGCCGGCACCUUGAUUGCCGGAAUCGCAGCUGGCGUCCAGCAGCAGACGGUCCAAGUAAGUACCCUGCUGGCCCAGUCCUCCCAGCAAAGAGCACGUGGACGCAGUCAGUCCCAGACAAGCAACACCGUUGACAACCGGUGGGCAGCUACUUUGGCCGGGGAGUUGGCGGAGGUGUCAUUGCUCCAGCUUCCCGGGUCGGAGGGCAGUGCAGCUACUGUUGGUGCUACUGGAGGAUGGAAUGAUACAGUUUUACCUCACUGGUACUUCCUUUCGCAACGCACCGAUCUUGAGGCAACCGAUGCCGAGAUCCGCGGCGGCCUUGAUGGGUUGAUUCUUGCCAAGAAUGUGGCCAACUGGAGAACUCAAGCAUCCAGCCUUAAGCUUUCUCAGUUGCUGCGCAUGUACUACUCAACAAACGGAGUUCUAAGCUCCGGAAUCAAUGCCUGCAGUAGGCAAAGCCAAUUCACAAAUGUGGCACCCUCACAGGAAAUGGAGGACCAGACUAGUGCUUUCGCUCAAGUCUUGGAUCGAGAGAUGCAACUCCGUGUCACCCUCCAGCAGUCCGCUAUCGCUGAUUUUGCCGGUAACGCCACCCUAUCGAUGGUGACGUAUGUCCCGCAAUCCUUGAAUGAUGUUUCUUGUACGGCGACAAGCAACCUUGACUUGACGGAUGUCAUAACUCCAAUGACUAACCUGUAUAUUUUCCUGGAUACAUCCUGGCAGUAUAGCACUAUUGUUGACUAUGUGGUUUAUGUCAUUCAGCAGUUAAAUAUCCACCCAUUUGCCAGCACGGUCACCAUGCUUUCGGCGCAAGAUGGUUCGGUUAUAGUAAACACCACAAACUAUAUCACUGAUGUCUAUCAGCAAUGGAAUGUGACUACCCAGGCGACAUAUGCUCAAGGAUUCAGCCUUCCUAAUGUCCUCCGCACGAUUCAGAACCUUACCCAAAACCUAAUGAAUGAUGAAAAGACUAACUCGAGCUUAAGCGGUCACUCCCUGGUGGCUUUAAUUAUUCCGAAUCAACAAACCGUUAAUGAUGGCGAUUCCAGCUACGCCACUACAGAAAUUCAGUAUAUUCAAGAACAGAUUCCAGACCUGCGCUUUAUAUACUAUGGUGGGGGAAGUAUUCAGCGGUUUUCAAGCUUUGUUCGCGAUCCCUCCCAGGACCUUUUCUCCCUCACCUUGGGCAGUAAAGCUGCAACCUCGGCGGGACCUGUAGCGAAACGCAUUAUCCAAAUUCCUCGACGCGUCAUUAAUCCACGUUGUGGAUCGAAUUGGUACACAAAUAGCUGGGGCACUGAUCAAAUGGCCCAAUAUGUGGGACCCGGCAAGGUCAACUUUUACCGAGUCUCUGCCAACUAUUUCUUUGGAACUGGCUCGAACCGGUAUUUGAACAUUCAGUCGCAGAAUGGAGGAAGUUACACCAUAUGUACUUCACGCACUUAUUCGUGGCCGCAACAGAACUCAACUACAAGCUCCACAGCAAGCUCAAUAGACCAGAGUUGCGCGCAAAUAUCUGGAAAUAGUUUUAGCUAUGACCUUUCAAGCGCGUGUAAUGGCUACUACACUAUAACCCAGUGUCCAGACUUGUAUUUGUCAGUCCAGGCUACCUCAAACACCACAUCCUGCACACAGGAUGCUUGCCAGACUCCGGACCAAUGGCGUUAUAUUAUGUCUAUGGUCAACAUGGGAUGCUAUAGCGGUGUCUCCGGCCUGGCAGCCAGUCUACUUACAAUUCUAUUCGCCUUGUUGGUUCAGAGGCUGAUUCAGUGAUUGGUGUCUAGAGUGUGGUAGUAUAAGUGGUACAGCGGCAGAGACCCCGUCUUCCCGUCUCCCUAACCCAAACAAUUAAUUUGUCUUUUUUACAUUAAUAAUAUAUUUUUCGUAAAUAAGUAGAAGUUCCAGUAAAACAGUCGUGAAUAAAUGUUCCCUACUAGAACUAUA